AGGGCAACGGCCGUCGUUGAGAUUGAGAGAGAGGGCCCUUUCCACGAGAGGGAAAAGCUCCGUAAAGAGGGCUAUUUUGGCCUACUCCUCCACAGUCCCUGGCCAGACGUGUCGGUGGAAGAGAGAAAAUGAGAAUGGAUGGGAGUGGAGACGCCUGUCAAGAUAAUGUGCGCCACCCUCCACCCCAGCAUCCACCACGUCGGCCACACCGACAGAUUCACGCCAACAACAACAACAACGAUCACCAUGGCUAUGGACCUCGUCACCCCAACAACCACCGUGGCUACAGACGUCGACCACCCCUCCUACCAUCACCUCCACCACAUCACCAACGGGAUCACCCCAACAACCAACAAUUGAUUCACAACAACAAUCGUGGCUAUAGAUGUCCACCUCCCCUGCUGCCAUCACCUCCACCACUACCACACCAAUGGGGUCACCCCAACAACCAACAAUGGAUUCACAGCAACCACCGUGGCUACAGAUGUCCACCUCCCCUCCAACCUUCACCUCCACCACGUCACCAAUGGGGUCACCCCAACAACCACCCUGGCUACAGAUGUCCACCUCCCCUCCAACCUUCCCCUCCACCACAGCACCAAUGGGGUCACCCCAACAACCAACAAUGGAUUCACAACAACAAUCGUGACUACAGACAUCAACCUCCCCUGCUGCCAUCACCUCCACCACUACCACAGUACCAAUGGGGUCACCCCAACAACCAACAAUGGAUUCACAACAACCACUGUGACAAUAGACAUCGACCUCCCCUGCUGCCAUCACCUCCACCACUCCCACAGCAAUGGGGUCACCCCAACAACCAACAAUGGAUUCACAACAACAAUCGUGGCUACAGAUGUCCACCUCCCCUCCAACCUUCACCUCCACCACACCACCAACGGGGUGACCCCAACAACCACCGUGACAAUAGACAUCGACCACCCCUGCUGCCAUCACCUCCACCACUCCCACAUCAACGGGGUCACCCCAACAACCAACAAUGGAUUCACAACAACCACCGUGACAAUAGACAUCGACCACCCCUGCUGCCAUCACCUCCACCACUCCCACAGCAAUGGGGUCACCCCAACAACCAACAAUGGAUUCACAACAACCACUGUGACUACAGAUGUCCACCUCCCCUCCAACCUUCACCUCCACUACCACACCAAUGGGGUCACCCCAAUAACCAACAAUGGAUUCACAACAACCACUGUGACUACAGAUGUCCACCUCCCCUCCUACCUUCACCUCCACUACCACACCAAUGGGGUCACCCCAACAACCACCCUGACUACAGACGUCCACCUCCCCACCUGCCAUCACCUCCACUACCACACCACCAAUGGGGUCACCCCCACAAUGUCCACGGUGAUCGAUGGCGACCUCCGCUCCUAGCACUCCCUCCAAGGUCCGUUAGCUUGCCCAGUGACAUCUCACGACGGACCACAAACCGAUGCAGUUGAACCGACUGCCAACAAACUCUGGGACGGACGCGAGAUUAAAGGUGCCGAUGUUGGCACGGGUGACCUCUGCCCUUUUACACGUCAAGCCACGUUAUGAACAAAGAAUACGCAAAAGAUACCUUUUACAAUCUUCUUCUUGGUUCUUUCGGUAAAGUCACGUAGAAGGGAAGUAAUAAAAUAAUACAAAGAAAACAUGUAUAUUUUUAUUAUUUUAUUACUUCUCUUCUACGUGACUUUACCGAAAGAACAAAGAAGAUGAAUCCCUGCAGUCACGAAAGCUUUAAAUCGAAAUUUUACAAUCUUGAUUUGAAGCUUUCGUGAUUGCAGGAACCCAUACUCUUUGGUUCUUUCGGUAAAGUCACGUAGGUAGAAAAAAUAUAUAUUUAUAAUUUUUUAUUUUAUUUUAUUUUUCUACCUACGUGACUUUACCGAAAAAAACAAAGAGUAUACUUUUUACAUUCAACAAAUCCAAAGUGCAUUUUCUGAGAAUGUAAUUUAAAGUGUUUUUUUAAAUGCACGUAUAAGUAAAUAAGGUUACUUGCACCUUCACGUUGUUAAUACUGAACGAAACAUAUACUGUAAUUUCUGAAGAAAAAAAAGACUAGAUUUAGGAAAGUUGAGGCAAUGGAGAAGAUUGUACAAAAUGUAAUAAAAUGUAAACAAAU